GAGGACGAGGCUGGCUGGCUCAAGAAGCCCAGGGCUCCACCUCGCUAGAGGUCUUGUAGCCAAGGCCGACUGACCAUUUGCUGGGAAGAGGCAUACGCUUGUGAGAUUCUCAUUCUAACACUGGUCUCUGAGUGGAUGGCCAUUAAAUAGCGUCUACUACGUGGCAGGUAUGUACCAAACAUGGGGAUACAAAAGAAGGCAAAAGAUAGUGCCUGCCCUCAAAGAACUUACAACAACCAAAUAGAUACAAACAAGUUAUCUAUGGAAUAAAUAGGAAAUAAUUAAGGGGAAAAAAAGGGACUAGAGCCCAGAGAGAUUUGGAGAAGGCUUUCCGUAGAGCGGCAUUUUAGCUGGGACUCAAGAUCCAAGAGACGAGGGUCUUGUUCAAAGAAUCACCAGGAGGCCGGUGUUACUGGAUGAGAGCCCACUUGGCCGAGACUGAGCGUUCAGAAGACGGAAAAGGCAGGAAGGGGCUGGUUCCGAAGGGCUUCGAAGGCCAAGCAGAGGACUUGGAUUCGAUCCUGGAGUCUCUUGGUCCAGAACGGGCAGGAGGAGUCGAGGGGGCCCCGAGGCUUGACGCUGCCCCGUGGGGGAUGCCCCCCAGGCCGGGCCCUGCAGAGGGAAGAUGCUGCAGACGAGCAACUACAGCCUGGUGCUGGCCCUGCAGUUCGUGCUGCUGCUCUACGACCUGUUCGUGAACGCCUUCUCGGAGCUGCUGCGCCUGGCGCCCGUGGUCCAGCUGGUGCUCUUCAUAAUCCAAGACAUCGCCAUCCUCUUCAAUGUCAUCAUCAUCUUCCUCAUGUUCUUCAACACCUUCGUGUUCCAGGCUGGGCUCGUUAGCCUCCUCUUCCGAAAGUUCAAAGGGACCAUCAUCCUGACGGCCAUCUACCUGUCUCUCAGCAUACCCCUCCAUGUCUGGGUCCUGAACCUGCGCUGGAAAAGCUCCAAGCAGUUUAUCUGGACAGAUGGCCUUCAAACCCUGUUUGUGUUUCAGAGACUGGCUGCUGUUCUCUACUGCUACUUCUACAAGAGGACCGCCAUCCGCCUGGGCGAUCCUCGGUUCUACCAGGAUUCUCUGUGGCUGCGCGAGGAAUUCACCCAAGUCCGAAGCUGACCUCUCCUCCGUCAGCCAGACGCAGCGUCUGCCCGGCUGCCUCCUGGCUGGCCACUCUGUGCGAACCCUGCCUGCUGCACCCCUGGGGCCUGGGAGGGCGGGGAGGACCAGGCGAGCUCUCACUCCCUAUUGCUGUCCCGCCCCCUGGAGCCCCAGGGUCCCUGGACUUCGUUGCUGCGAUGAGAGGCUCUUCCACCUUGGAGCAUUUACUGAAGCUUCUCUGUGGAGAGAUUCACACUGGCAGACGUAGACUUGGGAAUGCAGGCGCCAGGCCCAGAGCCUUUUCGUAUGUUUUUCUACAACUAGGAAAUAAAUGUAUCCCUUUUGCCAUAAA